UCUUCCUCAUGUUCUACCGAAGAGAGUAUCUCCUGUUUUGUUGGCAUGUCUGCGACCUAACAAGCAUUUUAACGCUUGUUUAGGAUUCCUGGUGUCUUGUUUAAUCAUGGUGGAAAUUAGUGCUCAAAGAAUCCUUCUUUUGGUUAUUUCUCUGGCCAAGUGUCUGGAAGGUACGAGGCUGCUGGCACACCUCAAAAAGUGUGGUGACUUGGAAUGUGAAACUUUAAUCAGCAGAGUCUUAGCCCUGAGAGAUCACACAGGACCUGACUGCCGGUACCUGAACUUCACUGAGGGCGAAGAGAUAUCUGUUUAUGUUAAACUUGCAGGAGAGAGAGAAGAUCUGUGGGCAGGAAGCAAAGGAAAAGACUUUGGGUUUUUUCCCAGAGAUGCAGUCCAGAUUGAAGAGGUGUUCAUAUCUGAGGAAGUCGAAAUGUCAACUAAAGAAUCUGACUUUCUUUGUCUGCUUGGAGAAGGCUACAUAUUUGGAAGUGAACAUAGUGAGUUAAACAGCGAUGGUGAUGGAAAUAUGUACCCAUAUGAAGAAGAUGAAGACCAAAAAUAUAAUAUGUAUGAAAGUGAUUUUCAGUUAGAAUCGGACUUUUAUGCAGCUUCUGAAGGGACUUCGUUUGAAGACCAAAUUUCAACAUCAGAAGCCCGUGAAGAGUUCAGGGUUUCCAAGGAGUCUAAGGACUGGGUGGAAGCUGUAAGUGCGGGAAGUGGAGAGCAGGUUUACAAUCCUGAUGUGUACCGUGUCUUGCCAUCCCUAAGUACUCCUGAAAUGCAAGGAUUGUUUGGACUGGGGAAAGAAGAAAAAGAAGCUGAAGAGAAGGCUUUUGAAGCAGAUACUGAACCCACUCAAGAAAGCUCAUUUCAAAGUAGAAAAUUAACAGUGGAAGAGAAUGACCUAGAGAAAUCAAACAAUGGUGAACCCCAAAUGGAACUUGAGCAAGAUCCAAAAUCACAGUUUGAUUCAGGGACACCAGAAUCCAGUCCAGUGCCAGAGGAGCAGUAUGAACUAGUGUCUGAGUCAGAGAAUGUCCUCAAACCCCAAACCACUGGCUGGCUUGGUAGUGGAUUUACAAACUUUUUAGGUUUUGGAGAGGAGGACACAGAACUUGAGGUAUUGUCCAAAGAAAGCAAUCAGCCGUUACAAGACGUUCCCAAUUCUGUUUCACCUGAUGAAGAAACCCCAGCUCCAUGCAGAGAAAUGUCAGCAAACAAGGAAGAUACAGUCAUUAAUGACAGCUCAAUUACCAGUCCAUCUUGGUUUGACUUUGGUUUUGGGAUGCUAGGCCUUGCAUAUGCUGAUGAAGACAAAAGCAUUUCAGACAAUGGGAAACAUGAAGAUGGUGAGGUAGAUAACCACAAAGAUCCUAUAGCAAAUACCUUUGACCCUGGAAAGGAACAAGAAAGGACAAUGGUAACAGUUGUGGAAACAGAAGAUCAGGUAGAUGAGGAAAGAGCCCUGGAAAAGACAGAUAAUUCUGAUUCUUUGCAGUAUCUGAAGAAAUUCUUCCAUAACCCUUGGAGCUUCCAGAGUGUCCCAGAGGACACAGAGUUACCAUUUUCGACACAGAUGCUGGAUCAAGAUAAUAGAGUUGAAAAUGACAAAGCUGAAGAACUUUCCACUGAACAUUCUGCUGCAGAGAGCAUGAAAGAUUCCAUGAUACUGGAGGACAGACACAGCCUGUCAGAUACGGCCUCUGAAGAAGAGUUACCUAUGAGAUCCCAUGAAGGAAUACUUUCCAAAACCUCAUCUUCAAACAGGUAUGAGGAAGAUUCAGAAUCAUGGGUGGACCCUGAAGGGUCUGCUGUGGCAGAAGCUGACACAUCUGUGGAAGGUGUGUUGCUCCGUAGUCAGCUGGUUUCUCAAAAAGAACAUGAUGCAGAGUUUCAGAUUUUGAAGUAUUUAUUUCAAAUCGAUGUCUACGGCUUCAUGAAUUUUGCUUUUUCACCAAUUGAAAUUCUUAUAGAAAGGGUUGUGGCAGCAGUGCCUGAAGAUAUGACAGCAAGCUUUGAUCCUAGUGAGCCACCAUUAGAAUUGAUAUGCGUGGUUGCCCUUGGACUGCUUACCGUUUUCUUCUUUCUUUGGAGAGGCUACCAAUCAAUUCAAAGCCGAUUUUAUGUGGUAAGAGAGAAAAGACUGGCUCUCGAACUUUCUAUGCAAAUGAAAGAGAAAUGUGAACUACUUGAAAAAGUGAGCCUUGCUCAAGAGGAGUAUGAAGGCUUAGAGUCAUCUUUAAAGGAGGCCAACUUUGACAAGGCGUCAACAGAAGCACAGAGUUUGGAGUUUGUUGAAGGAUCACAAAUAUCAGAGGCAACCUAUAAAAAUCUAGAAAGAGCUCAAUCUAAACUUGAAGAUGAAAUACUACUUAUAGAGAAGAAACUAGAAGAAGAGAGAGCUAAGCAUCAUGAACAAGAUGAAUUGAUGAGUGAUAUUUCAAAAACAAUACAAUCUCUAGAAGAUGAAUCAAAGUCUGUCAAAUCACAACUAGCUGAAGCCAAAACUACCCUCAGAAUAUUUGAAAUAAAUGAAGAACGACUUAAGGGAGUAAUAAAAGAUACCUUGAAUGAAAAUUCUCAACUUCAGGAAAGCCUGCAGCAGCUCUCACAGGAAGCUGAAGUCAUGGAAGAACAAAUGAAUCAACUCAAUAAACAGAAAGUAUCAAUUGAAGAAUCCAAAGUACAGGCUGAACAAGUCCUAAAUGAUAAAGAAAAGCAGAUCAAGUCUCUGAUGGAGAGCCUGUUGAAGAUGAAAGAUUGGACUUCUGUGCUUGGGGAAGAUGUAACUGAUGAUGAUAAUCUGGAUUUAGAAGUGAACAGUGACUUAGAAAACGAUGUGUACUUAGGUAAUCAGCUGAAGGGAGCUUUGAAGAAGCUAAUUUAUGCUACUAAGUUAGGUGCUUCUUUAAAAGCCAUAGAAGGAGACAGAAAUCAAAUUUACACUCAGUUAUCUGAAGUAGAUACAACAAACAAUGAUCUUACAGAGCAUAUCAGAAAUUUGGAGUCUGAGCAAGUGUCUCUACAGUCAGCUAACACACAACUUGAAAAUGAAAAAGAGAAGCUUCAGCAGAAACUCACAGUGAUGAGGGAGCUGUACCAAGACAAUGAAAGGAAACUUCACAGGAAAUUAACAGUGGAGGAAAAUUGCCGAUUAGAGAAAGAGGAAAAACUUUCCAAAGUGGAUGAGAGGAUCAGCUAUGCAAACAAGGAGCUGGAGACCUACAGACGGCGUGCCAAGGAUCUCGAAGAAGAGCUGGAGAGAACAAUUCGCUCUUAUCAAGGGCAGGUUAUUACUCAUGAAAAAAAGGCACAUGAUAACUGGCUGGCAGCUCGUACUUUGGAAAGAAACCUCAAUGAAUUAAGGAGAGAAAAUGCUGUCAAUAGACAAAAAUUAACUGAAGCAGAAUUUAAAUUUGAACUCUCAGAAAAAGAUCCUUAUUCACCUGAUGUUCCAAAUACAGCAUUUGGCAGAGAGCACUCCCCAUAUGGUCCCUCCCCACUGGGCCGACCUUCAUCUGAAACGAGAGCUUUUCUCUCUCCUCCAACUUUGUUGGAGGGUCCACUCAGACUCUCCCCUUUGCUUCCAGGGGGAGGAGGAAGAGGCUCACGAGGCCCUCAGAAUCCUCUGGACCAUCAGAUGAACACUGAAAGAGGAGACCCAAGCUAUAACAGAUUAUCUGAUGCUCCCAGAGCACCUUCUGAUAGGUCCCUGUCACCUCCAUGGGAACAAGACCAAAGGAUGAUGGCGCCUCCACCUGAUGGGCUAGUAUCCUCCACAUUGGAAUCCGGGAAGAAUGCCACCAAACAUGACCCUGGAAAUGCAACUGUGCCCAACUCUGGCCCUGCUGAAUCCAAAGCAGUUGUGUAUGACUUGAAUCCUCCACGAGUUCCAGCGGUUAGAGGCCCUCGAGGUCCUGUGUUUCCAGGGGAUCCAAGGAUGGAGAUAAUGAGAAGGGUCCCCCCAUUUCCCCCACCUCCUCCAGGAAACAUCUAUGGGGAUCCUCGACAAUAUGUCCCACCAAGGGACUUUGCAGGCCCACCGUUUCCUCCAAUGCCAGGGAGAAAUGUGUACGAACCAAGGGGCUUUCCACCUUACCUUCCUCCAAGAGCCGGGUUCUUCCCCCCACCCCCACAACCUGAAAGUAGAAAUGAGCUCCCUCCAGACUUGAUUUUGCCUUCCAAACAACCUGCACCAGAACCUCCAGAAACACAGGAGACCUGACAGUUUCCUCGGCAGUCAUUUCUUCUCAUUUUCAGUUUAAGUAACUGCUGUUACUUAUGUGAUUAUAUUGUUGCUCAAAUUGAAGCUUAAUGGAAUUAUAAUUCUCAGGAUAGUAUUUUGUAAAAAAAGAUGAUUUAAAUAUGAAUCUCAUGAGUAAAUUAUUCCCAUUUUAUUUUAUUCUGCAUAGUAUGUUUUACUUUGAUUGUAUCAUCCAUAAUUAUGGUAGUUUUAUACAUGUAAUCUUAUAGCUGGGGAUACCUUAAACUUAAAAGGCUGUGUCUUUAUACCAGGAAUGUGUUCACCAUGGUUGUAGACAAAUGUAAAGUUAACUGUAUGUUUAAUCAAAUAAAUUUUAAUUGAAUUAAAA